AUGAUGAUGGCAACACCUAUUCCACUGCAACAGCAACAGGAGAUUGCAAGGGUCAACAGCACCGAACAGGUAAGCCCAAAGUCUGUGCUGCUCACCUGUGAUUUGCAGCUGACGAAAACUCUCUGCAACGAAAACAGUGACGAAAACUCUGCAACGAAAAACAGUGACGAAAACUCUGCGACGGAAACUUGCAACGAAAACAGUGACGAAAAACUCUCCAACGAAAACAGUGACGAAAACUCUGCGACGGAAAACUCUGCAACGAAAACAGUGACGAAAACUCUCCAAACGAAAACAGUGACGAAAACUCUGGACGAAACGGAAAACUCUGCAACGAAAACAGUGACGAAACUCUCCAACGAAAACAGUGACGAAAACUCUGCUCAACUCGAAACAGUGACGAAACUCUGCAACGAAAACAGUGACGAAAACUCUGCGAAACCUGGACGAAAACUCUGCAACGAAAACAGUGACCGAAAACUCUUCCAACGAAAACAUGACGGAAAACUCCUGCAAACGAAAAACAGUGACGAAAACUCUGCGACGGAAACUCUACAACUAAACAGUGUGACUAGAAACCACUGCGACGGAAACUCUUGCGACGAUAAACUUCUUGCCAAGAAAACAGUGAUCGAAUACUCUGCGACGAAACUCUUGCAAACACUCGUAAAACUCUGUCAAAGAAAAAUGGUGACGGAAACUUCUGCAACGAAAACAGUGACGAAAACUCUGCGACGGAAAAUCUUACGUGAAACUUCUGCAACGGAAAACAUCUGCGAUGAAACUCUAUGA